UAGGUAUAAUCACUUUUUUGCAGUUUUUUUUGCUGCACAUAGAAAAAUUGUAGAAGAAGAAAGAAGAAUUCGUAAUAUAUUUUAAGCAAACGAAAAAUUCCAUUGAAAAAAGUGAAGAAAAGCUAUUUUAUUGUGCGACAAUUAAAAUAUUUAACAUAAUUUUUAACAAUUAGUGCAGUGUUUUUGGGCCACCAUCAACAAAAGGCAAACUAACAUAAACAUUAAACAAACGCAAAAGAUAAAGAAAUUCUCAAAAAGCUAAUUAUAAAGAAAAAAAUUAAAUAAAAAUGACGUGGGAACCGCAAGCAGAUGGCUUACAGCAAAUCAUAGGCAUACUCAAGGAGUCACAAUCUCCUGAUACAGCAACUCAAUUGGCCGUGCAUAUGAAACUUGAAGAACUUAAUCAAUAUCCGGAUUUUAAUAACUAUUUGAUUUAUGUUUUAACCAAACUUAAAUCCGAAGAUGAACCUACACGUUCCCUAAGUGGUCUCAUACUCAAGAAUAAUAUGCGCACUCAUGGCAAUAACUUAAGACCCGAAAUUGUUGAAUAUAUUAAACAUGAAUGUUUACAAGCUAUUGGCGAUCCAUCACCUUUGAUUAGAGCCACAGUGGGUAUAUUAAUAACUACUAUUGCCAGUAAUGGUGGUUUACACAAUUGGCCACAGCUUUUGCCAUCGCUGUGUGAUAUGUUGGAUUCCCAAGAUUAUAAUGUAUGCGAGGGUGCUUUUAGUGCUCUACAGAAAAUCUGUGAAGAUCAUGCUGAAACCUUGGACUCUGCCUCUCUCAAUAGACCACUCAAUGUUAUGAUUCCUAAAUUUUUGCAAUAUUUCAGUCAUAACAGUCCCAAGAUACGUUCACAUGCUAUUGCCUGUAUUAAUCAAUUCAUUAUGAUUCGUUCUCAAGCUUUGAUGUUACAUAUUGAUACUUUUAUUGAAAGUCUUUUCAAUUUAUCAUCCGAUGAUGAUCAUGAAGUUAGGAAGAAUGUUUGUCACGGUUUAGUUAUGUUGCUGGAAGUACGUAUGGAUCGUUUAUUGCCCCAUAUGCCGCAAAUUAUUGAAUAUAUGCUAAUGAGAACACAAGAUUCAGAUGAGGGAGUGGCAUUAGAAGCUUCCGAAUUUUGGUUAUCACUUGCUGAACAAAGCAUUUGCAAAGAUGUUCUAACACCAUAUUUGCCACAAUUGGCGCCGGUUUUAGUUAAGGGCAUGCGUUAUUCGGAUAUUGAUAUUAUUUUACUUAAGGGUAAUGUGGAAGAAGAUGAUAUGGUACCAGAUCGUGAAGAAGAUAUAAGACCACGUUUCCAUAAAUCACGCACACAUACCAUCAAGUCUACCGAGGCGGGUGGCGGAGAUGAUGAUGACGAUGAUUUCGAUGAUGGUCUAGAUGAUGACAAUUCCUUGUCUGAGUGGAAUUUGCGUAAAUGCAGUGCUGCCGCUUUAGAUGUUUUGGCCAAUGUUUUUCGCCAGGAAUGUUUACCUAUUCUGUUGCCCAUACUAAAGGAUACUCUAUUCCAUCAAGAUUGGGUUAUAAAGGAAAGUGGUGUUUUAGCCUUGGGCGCUAUUGCUGAGGGUUGUAUGCAAGGCAUGAUUCCACAUUUACCCGAGUUAAUACCCUAUUUGAUUAGCUGUUUGUCAGACAAAAAAGCUUUGGUACGUUCUAUUACCUGCUGGACAUUAUCACGUUAUGCCAAUUGGGUAGUUAGCCAGCCACAUGAUCAAUAUUUAAAACCCUUAAUGGAAGAAUUGCUCAAACGUAUUUUAGACUCCAAUAAGAGAGUACAAGAGGCAGCCUGUUCAGCAUUUGCCACACUCGAAGAAGAAGCUUGCACUGAACUUGUGCCCUAUUUGGAAUAUAUUCUACAAACUUUAGUAUUUGCUUUUUCCAAAUAUCAACAUAAAAAUCUUUUAAUACUCUACGAUGCUGUGGGUACAUUGGCCGAUUCUGUUGGUCAUCAUUUGAAUAAACCACAAUAUAUUGAAAUUCUAAUGCCACCACUAAUUGACAAAUGGAAUCUUUUAAAAGAUGAUGACAAAGAUCUAUUUCCUUUAUUGGAAUGUCUAUCGAGUAUAGCUACAGCUUUGCAAUCGGGUUUUUUGCCGUACUGUGAUCCUGUUUACAGAAGAUGUAUAUCUUUGAUUGAACAAACUAUCAAUCAGGAAAUGGCUUGCAAACAAAAUCCCGGUAUUGAUCAUCCCGAUAAAGAGCGCAUGAUUGUAGCUUUGGAUUUAUUAUCUGGUUUAGCUGAAGGUUUAGAUGGUCAUAUUGAAUCUUUGGUUGCUAAUAGCACUAUUAUGCAAUUAUUAUAUCAAUGUAUGCAAGAUAUAUUGCCGGAGGUUCGUCAGUCAUCUUUUGCUUUAUUGGGAGAUUUAACUAAGGCCUGCUUCCAACAUGUGCAUCCAUUUAUGGCUGAGUUUUUCCCCAUUUUGGGACAAAAUCUAAAUCCCGAUUAUAUAUCCGUUUGCAACAAUGCCACCUGGGCAAUUGGCGAAAUUUGUAUGAAAUUGGGUGAAGAAACUCGCCAGUAUAUACAUUUAGUACUUAAAGAAUUGAUCGUUAUUAUCAAUCGACCAAAUACACCUAAAACACUUUUGGAAAAUACUGGUAAGUUUUGCUUAAUAUAACGUUAAUAAAAUCCAUUUACCUUACAUUAAUAAGACUAUA